GUUACAAAACUCAAAAUGUUAACAAAAGGGAGAAAUUAACACGGAUAUCUUACCACUUUUAAUAAUAACUAGCACAUUUCUUGCAAUAAGUUACUCUAGAUUCUGAUCCUGAAGAAAAAUAUAGAUACAAAAGAGAAUACAUUCACAUCUUCCCGGCGCUUCUUCCAGUCAAAAAAUGUCAUCAAAGCUUUUAAGGCAAAAAGCUCAGGAAUUUUUAACUUCGAGAAAACGAGCAAAUAAUUUAGUAGAUAUAAUUUCUCAAUGGGAUGAAUCCACUUCGUCCUGCCUGCUCACAAUAGAAACAAUAUUCGUUGAAGUCCUAAAAAGAGGUGAUAUGUAUUUGGAACGUACGAUAUCCCUUACUAUUUCAGAGCCAAGCCCUGAAGCAAGAUAUGUCAACUGGUUGAGGAAUUGUUAUGAAGAAAUAUGGGAAAAGAUACUUACAUCAAUGGAAAAAUGUCGACCUGGCAUUCAACUACAAGCUCUCACUACUGCUAUAAAACUGAUGGCUGAAGAAGGUAAAAAUCCAUUGGAACCAAUUGGCAACUUGGGAUAUUAUUUUCCACUUCAUCGGUUAAAGCCCAUUUUGAUGAAAUUACUUUCACCGGAGGAGGACAAUGCCAGUUUAAUAUGUAGAUUUCAAGAAAUUAUAGAAUAUCCUGAUGCUCUUUACUAUACAUGGAAAUGUCUUCCAUCUCUUACCCCAAAAAGACAGCCACAUGAAGUUUAUAUUAAAAAUUUGUUGGAACUUAUACAUAAAUUAUCAUUGCCAAAAGAAAUUGAAGAAAAUGAGAUGUGUGAAAAUAAGAAUUUAUUGUGUAAACCACAGCAAGCUACUAAAAAUUUUAUAUGGGAUCAAGCUGGAGCAAGACGUGCAUUGAAUAAAGUCUGGGCUUGUGUCAUGCAUUGGGAAUUGACACCACAGUUACAUAAACAAUUAUUAAUAGUUCUUUUAGAGAGAGUAAUGCCACAUUUAGAAAAACCUGUUUUACUAACAGAUUUUCUUAUGGAUUCAUUAGAUGCAGAUGGGCCUAUUGGCUUACUUGCAUUACAAGGUGUAUUUUUACUAGUUACCAAACAUAAUUUGGAAUAUCCUAAUAUUUUUACCAAGCUUUAUUCUAUGUUUGAACCAGAGAUCUUUCAUACAAAAUACAAAGCACGUUUGUUUUAUUUGUCCGAUCUUUUCCUCAGUUCAACACACUUGCCGGAAGCAUUAGUUGCUGCUUUCGCAAAAAGACUUGCGCGUUUAACUCUUGUAGCACCACCUGAAGAUAUUCUUAUUAUCUUAUUGUUUGUUGGGAAUCUUUUACUUAGGCAUCCUGGCUUGAAACGUCUCAUUGAUCAUCCACAAGGAGGAGAGGUUUCGUCAGAAGAAAAUAAUGGUGCUGGAGACCCAUUUUUAAUGGAAGAACGAGAUCCUUUAUUAAGUAACGCACUCCUUAGUAGUCUUUGGGAAAUUAAAGCCUUACAGUGGCAUAUAGUACCAAGUAUUGCUAGUGCUGCACGUUUCAUUCGUGAACCCCUCCCUUCUGUAGAGUAUGAUAUGGCAUCAGCUUUAGAACGUACUGGAGGACAUUUAUUCGAUAGUGAGUUAAAAAAUAAGGUUAAAGAUAUAAUGCUAACGUUCGAAAGACCCAAUUCAAUGUCAUUACCAAAAGGUGAAAGAUUAUUGCAAUAUUGGCAAUUAACAACAAUGCACUGACUGACAAUAUUAAAAUUGUAUUGUGCAAUAUGCAUCUUUAUCAAGAACGGAACUGUUUUUUCAAUGAAAACGCAAAAAAAGAAUGAUGCUGAACUUCCUGCGUUUUUUUAUACGUUAAAAAAUGUAGUAUGAGAUAUUGCAUACUUUUGUAUUAUUUAAAGUCUAAAAGUAAUUGCAAUGGAAUUGAUUCAAAAUACAUUAUUUCACGAGCAACAUGUAGAUAUGUAUUUUUAGAUUUCCAACCAUGCAGCUAUUUAGCACAAUAGAUACCAUUUUUGUUAAAUAAAGUCAUUUGUAUGCAUGAAUGUGUGAUAAUAAAAUGAAAGAUAUUUUAAUUUAAUAGA